CACACACCCAUCCAGCAGUUACUAUGUUCUGCUUAGAGCGAGUACUCCUGGAUCAAUAUGUGUCUUGAGAUUCCUCUCUAGUAACCGGCGCACUGGGAAUUCCAUAAAGACGGCCAGUUUCUUCCCGCUCUCGUGGGUCGGUAUAGUUGAGUGUCCGUGGAGCAUCAAGUCAAUAAUAGUCAUCAUCCACUUCUCCUUUUACUUUCACCAGAUUAUACCUACGGCAUAACGUUUGCUGUUUUCAUUCACACAAGAUGGGUUCUGCCGUCUCGUAUCCGACCCACGCCGAUGUCGUGAUGAAGAAUCAAGUCCUUGCCAUUGACCUGACUUUCACGAUUCUGGCUGUAAUUAGUGUGGUAUUUCGAUUCUGGGCACGAUUGAAGUCGGCAGCUGGUAUUGGGUUGGACGAUUGGUUGAGUCUUGGGGGUCUGUUGAUAUUAUUUAUCAAUUUGGCGUUGAAUCUUAUCAUGGUCGUAAACGGAUUGGGACUGCAAGCAUCAGAACUCACCGCGGGCAACCUGACAUGGAUAGCCAAGGCUAUUUUCGGGGAUGAGAUCGUCUACAUCGUCAACCUCGCCCUGAUCAAAAUCUCCAUCCUCCUCAUGUACUGCCGUGUCUUCGCACUCCGAAGAUUCCGCGUUGGUGCAUGGAUCAUCGGUAUCAUCACCUGUUGUUGGACGCUCAUCUUCGUCUUUUUGAUCUUGUUCCAAUGCCAUCCGAUUGCGAAAGCCUGGGACCCGUUACUCUCCGGACAUUGCUGGAACAUGCGGGGUACAUUCAUCGGCAAUGCGGUACCGAAUAUCGUCACCGAUGUUGUGAUCCUGGUAAUGCCAAUAUACAACAUAUGGAAACUUCACAUUCGAAUGGUGCAGCGUAUUUCUUUGCUUGGAAUCUUCUUCUUGGGUUGUUUCGUUAUCGUCGCCAGUAUCUACCGUCUUGUCCAGGUACUGCAACUGGACCAGAACAAUCUUUCCUAUACCCUCAAAAACCCAACGACUUGGUCCCACGUCGAAGUCUCUACAGCCCUGAUCAGUGCUUGCCUACCCACCAUGCGACCACUCUUGACCAGCUUCAUGAGAGUAAUUGGAAUGGGGAGCCAAGUCGGAACCAGCCAUUCAGCCUCCCGAACUCCCGGUAUCCCAGCAACUUACAGCGGAACCUUCCCUGCUCCAUCAAAGUUCAAGGCGUGGCCUGAAGCGAAAAACAUCUCUAACGACGAGAUCCCACUCAAUUCGAUCAAAGUCGAGACCGACAUGCAAGUUGUCGAGAGCGGCAACUGGCACCAUGGCGUCUAAGUUUCAGGCAAUGAAUCGAAGUUAUAUUCACAGAGGCGGAAUACGUUGCAUUUAUGUUUUUGGAAUUGGCUUUACGCAAGUGCAAAUAAUAAUUUAUACCAGGAGGUCUAUAAUUCCCCAUUGUCAUUCCUUUCAACAACUAAUUGCUGAGCAUUUUUAUGUACAUUCGAGGCGGGAAAUGUUGUUUUCAAAAAUCACUGGUGGUUUCAUUUUGUACAGGUACUUUGAUUCAGCAAAUUCAAUUCUAAGUUUCAAUUCUUCAAGUCGAUUAUUAUCUCAAUUGAGGCACUACUACAGUUUUCCGAAAAACAAUAAUUCUAAC